GAUAUGGCUUUGUUGUGAUACGAUCAAGCAGCUGGACAUCGUUCUCUUUUAUUUACUAAACCACUUGAUAACCACAAAGACCAGUGGAUUCUACAGCAGAAUUGUAACGGAAGACAUACAGCACAGAGCAGCAGCUUAACACAGAGAGGAAUUAUAUAAAAGGACAUCAAAAUGAACGGUGCCAACAUAACCAUCCUCCUGCUCACCCUCCUGAUCGUAUUCUCAACAUCUCAAGUGAAAAAGCAGCCACGGAUUCCACGGUGCCUUUGCCCUAAAGUGCAGUCUGGUGGUCGUAUCCCUUACAGGGAUCUGAAGAGUGUAUGGCACCUCACGCCUCGUCCGCACUGCUCAAAGACUGAAGUAAUUAUCCGACUGAAAAAUGGACGUCAACUCUGUCUGGAUCCAAAAGAACCCUCUGUGAAGAUUUUGGUGGAGCGAUCCAUCAAAAGAACUCAGGAAAGCAAACAAGAUGUUGGAAACACCACUCAAUCCCUGUAACAUUGGCAACAAAAUGGACAUGAUUCAACAACCUGUGAACUGGAUUCCUGGAUACCUGCCCAGUGUGCUGUUCUGAUGCAUCCACUGUUAUAUUCUGAAUUAGGAUUGUGCUGAAAGGAUUGACUAGCAGACUUUCCUGUGCAAAAACAUAUAAUGUGCCACUUAUAUGAAUAAAUAUAGCAAUAUAUGUAAAUGUUCUCUAUCUAUGCAUGACUUUUUUACUGUUGCUUACAAAGAAAAGACUGCAUCCAUAAUAUCAGUUUGCAGCAGUUACAAAACAGUUAACUUUUUUGUCAGAGUUUUUCAUAUAAUUUAACAUAUAAUGUUUGAGCAUUAUGUAGGGCCCUAUAAAAUCUGCAUUGCAAAAAAUGCUGG